AUUCUCAUCUAUAAAUACCAUGACACACUUCAAUAGUUCCUCACCCCAAAACUAGCAACCAUAACUUGAUCUAGUUUUCCCUACACAACCCAAAAGAGACCCAAAAUGGCUUCUAGGUCUUUGACAACAACUGCCUUCCUACUCACCCUCAACCUUCUCUUCUUCACUCUUGUAAGCUCAACUUCUUGCCCACCACCACCAAAGGCCCCUAAGCCACACAAACACCAUCACCAAAAAGCUACUUGCCCUAAAGACACCCUCAAAUUAGGUGUGUGUGCUAAUGUUCUCAAUGACUUGGUUCACCUAGUUGUUGGUACACCCGCGAAGACUCCUUGCUGCAGCCUCCUCGGUGACCUUGUUGAUCUUGAGGCCGCAGUUUGUCUUUGCACCGCGAUUAAAGCUAAUGUUUUGGGUAUCAACCUCAAUGUACCAGUUUCAUUGAGCUUGUUGCUCAACUACUGUGGAAAGAAGGUCCCAAAGGGCUUCCAAUGCGCAUAGAGAUCUACAUGCAGUUUUUAUGGUUAUCAAACGUUGUUUGUAUUUUGUUUUAUAUGUUUCUAUAUAUGUUGGAGUACGUGUUUUCAUCUGAGAUUGAGUGUUUAAUUUUCGAAGCUACUGAUUUGAAGAGGUUGGCUCAUGCCUUCUCUUGUACUUUAGUCCUAGUCAUAAUGUGACUAGGAUUUGUAUUAUUGUGAUUCAAAAAUAAUAGAACAUAUGUCCAAAUUAAUGUGUG